CCCGCCUCCGCCUCCGCCGCCGCCGGCAGGGGUCGCGCUGCCCCCGGCGAGCCGCUCAGGCGGGGGGUGGGGUAAGUUCCCGCGGCCGGUCGCUUUUCUCCGCCGCCGCUGGUUGGAUCGUUUCAAUAAAAGUCUUUUUUCUCUUGCGCUCGCUCUCCUCCGGGGAACAGGCGGAGGCGUCAAUCCGCAGCCGCCGAGUGUGAAAGCGACGCACACGCAAGGAGCGAACGCGGCCGCCCGCAGUCUCCUGAGCUCCCCGCGGGCCGCCGCAGAGCCGCGGAGAAGAAGGAGCCAGAGCCCGGCCAGACCGUCUCAGCCCGCCGUCGGCGCCCGCCCCGCUCGCGCCCGGCUGCUCCGAGGGGAUUAGUGGGCCGUCCGCGCGGCUUGUCGGCGCGGGAGCCAUGUUGACCGAGGGACUUGGCAACCCGUGAGACACCCGCGGCCCCUCCCGAGGCUCCGGACCCGCGGCGAGAGCCGGAAGGCGGCUGUGGCGGCGGAGGCCUGCGCUCGGAGGCGCCUCACGUCUGCCGGCCGCUGAGACCCGGACCUGCAUCCGGUCGCCGCGGGCGUCCGCGGAGCAGCUUCCCCGCAGCGCCUCUCUUCGGGACCCGCGGUCCCCGCUCUUGCUGGAUUUUUCAAGCCACAUUCAAUUGAUAGGAUGAAAAAAUUUAAGAGAAGGCUAUCCCUCACACUCCGAGGAAGCCAGACUAUUGAUGAAUCAUUGUCUGAAUUGGCUGAACAAAUGACUAUUGAAGAAAACAGCAGCAAGGAUAAUGAGCCUAUUGUGAAGAAUGGCAGGCCUCCAACGUCUCACAGUAUGCAUUCCUUCCUCCACCAGUACACAGGAUCUUUCAAGAAGCCCCCAUUGCGGAGACCACACAGUGUUAUUGGAGGGAGCCUUGGCUCCUUCAUGGCAAUGCCCAGAAAUGGAAGCAGAUUAGAUAUUGUUCAUGAAAAUCUAAAAAUGGGAUCAGAUGGUGAGAGUGACCAAGCUUCUGGGACAUCAUCUGAUGAAGUCCAGUCACCCACAGGUGUUUGUCUCAGAAAUCGUAUACAUAGACGGAUCUCAAUGGAGGAUUUAAAUAAGCGGUUAUCGCUGCCUGCAGACAUCAGAAUACCUGAUGGAUAUCUUGAAAAGUUGCAGAUAAACAGUCCACCAUUUGACCAACCAAUGAGUCGAAGGUCUCGUAGAGCUUCCUUAUCAGAAAUUGGCUUUGGAAAAAUGGAAACCUACAUCAAAUUGGAAAAGCUUGGAGAGGGUACAUAUGCAACAGUAUAUAAAGGAAGAAGUAAAUUGACAGAGAAUUUGGUGGCAUUAAAAGAGAUCCGAUUGGAACAUGAAGAAGGUGCACCCUGCACAGCUAUAAGAGAAGUUUCACUAUUAAAGGAUUUAAAACAUGCAAAUAUAGUAACCUUACAUGACAUUGUUCACACAGAUAAAUCCUUGACUUUGGUGUUUGAGUAUCUGGAUAAAGACCUGAAACAGUACAUGGAUGACUGUGGAAACAUCAUGAGCAUGCACAAUGUAAAGCUGUUUCUGUACCAAAUUCUACGUGGUUUGGCAUAUUGCCAUAGAAGAAAGGUAUUGCAUCGAGACUUGAAACCACAGAACCUCCUCAUUAAUGAAAAAGGAGAAUUAAAGCUAGCAGAUUUUGGACUAGCCCGAGCCAAGUCAGUUCCCACAAAGACCUACUCAAAUGAAGUUGUCACACUAUGGUACCGGCCACCUGAUGUGCUUCUUGGUUCCUCGGAGUACUCAACACAGAUUGACAUGUGGGGUGUUGGUUGCAUUUUCUUUGAAAUGGCUUCUGGAAGACCUUUAUUUCCAGGAUCAACUGUGGAAGAUGAACUGCACUUAAUUUUCCGACUGCUAGGAACUCCAUCUCAGGAAACUUGGCCAGGUAUUUCUUCAAAUGAUGAGUUCAAGAACUACAACUUUCCAAAAUAUAAACCGCAGCCUCUAAUUAACCAUGCACCCAGGUUAGACUCUGAAGGAAUUGAGUUGAUAACAAAAUUUCUUCAGUAUGAAUCUAAGAAAAGGGUUUCAGCUGAAGAGGCCAUGAAACAUGUGUACUUUCGAAGUCUGGGACCAAGAAUACAUGCUUUACCAGAAAGUGUGUCAAUAUUCAGUUUGAAAGAGAUUCAGUUGCAAAAGGACCCGGGUUUUCGAAAUUCUUCUUAUCCAGAGACAGGACAUGGGAAGAACAGAAGACAGAGCAUGCUCUUUUAAGUCUGAUAACAUGGUUUCAAGCCCAGCCCCCAGCCUUUCUUACCAAUCAAGGACCCAGAACUGAAGGCAAUUAUUUCUUUUGGUGGACUUGGAAUCUCCGUUUGUCUACACUGUCCUCUUCACAGUGGAGUCUUUUUAUUUCAGACCUACAGAUUGUUUUUAUAUUUGUUGUCACAGUGUGACAAUUUUUUGUACAGUUGGUUUUAAGGUCUUCUCUGCCAUUAGAGCCAGUAGGUUACAGCUAUUGAUGUAACUGUAGCUGCAAUUUUUGUGCAGGACUGAGAAACACAGUGCAUUAUUUAUUGCGGAAUCAUUGCUGCUAAAUAACUACUGUCUGUUUAUUUAACACAACAAUUGAAUGCCUGAAGAAGUUGCAGUGGCUUUAUUAUAUGUGAAUGCAUCUGUUUCUCCUCACGAAUUGUUUUACUGCUGCAUUUUUUGUUUUUAAAAUUAAACUGCAGUGUUUCCUGGAAUGUAAAUUUAGCUUUGCUUAAUAGUAAAAUAAGUGAGCCAUCUUGAACACUUUAAGUUUAUACUAUAUAAUUUCUUAAUGAACAUUGGCAAAUAGAGUAGCUAAGAGAUUGACAAGCACAUUAUGUUUAGAUAAGCAUGUGAUGCAGAAGUUGAUUCAAGCAAGUGAAUCCCUGACAUUUUGAGGAUCUCACAUUAGACACCAACAAAUUAAAGCUCCAAAAUUAUUUAUUUUUUACCUGUUCCUCACUUUAGAAACGUCUACUGCAUAUUACUGGAUAAUUGUAUACUAAUACACUUAACCUAUUUUACAUUGUGUUUUAAAUUUAGUUAAAACUUAACCGUAGAAGUCCGUUCAAACAUGAAAGGUCUUGCUUUGUUUGUUUUAAAUACAUUUAUUUUAUUAGAAAGGAUGAUACUUCAUUGGGGAACAGUUUCUUUCAUUCGGGGGCUAUGUGUUUCAAUAACAUUCACUUGGAAUCAGCUGAAAGCUGUAAUAUGUGUUUGAAAUGAGCCAUGAUAAAUUACAAACAAGAGAAAUGAGAACUUACAGGAUUGCUUGAAAUUAUUUUGGGUAUUAUCUGUUUACCAGAGAUACUAAAUAUUAGUUUAAUUAUGCAUCUCUUUGAACAUCAUAAACACACUUUGGUGUUGGUAACAGUAUUUUAAGCAUUUGUGUUCACUUUUAAGGACUAUUUGUUUAGUGCAUCUUACAAACUAUAAAUCUUAAUUGGUAUAUUUUGAAAUGGUCAUGUAAAUUUUUGCCUUAUAUAUCAUGAAAAUAGUCAUAACUUAAUUUCUUUUCCUGAAAUUCACUGUAAAACAUUCAGGGGUCCUACCAUUUCUCUUCAGGAAAUCUUGUAGUUUAUUGUUGUUAUUUAACAGUAUUAAGUGGAUUUUUGUAUAUUUCAUUUUAACUUUAUUUGUGAAUAGUGAUUGUGGCAUGUUUGGGGUGUUAUUUUAAUAUUUCAUGAUACUGAAAUUUUAAUUUUUAAAAAAAAAAUUUCUGGAAGAAACAGAUUCAUGUGUAAUGGUGAAUAUUGGACCACUACUGCUUUUCACAUUUGUAAAUUGGUUUUAUGUUAAACCUUGUAGCCUAACAAACUGCUGUUCUUUCUAACUGACAGACAUGUAUUAAUAUUGUACUUUGAAGGUUAUAAAUAUGUGGAAAUUCCUUCAUUUUGUUUUGAAAUUUAUAAUAACAAAAUCUCCAUGUUGUUAAA